AUGCCUGCGCUGUUUGCGUUAGACGAUUAUCAAUUUUGUAUGAGUCAUCUUGAAGGUGUUUACUGCCUGGCAAGAUUUGACUUGCACUCUGAUCAUCCAAAUGAACUUAUUACACUUAUUAAAGAAUAUUCGAAGUAUCAAAAAAAGCAUUACAAUCAUUCUCACGUAGAAAGAGGUAUCUGUGUGACUAAAACGUGUAGAAUGUUUUGCGAGGACAAAGAUUUAAGAAAAGAAGUGGACCUAACUGAUAGCCUUGAGAAGUGCUUUAAUAAAUCCAUGUGGGAGGACUACGAGUUGAAAGCUAAAUUAUCUAUGAUAUACUAUUGUGAUACAUACAGUGAAGAAGAAGAAAUCGAUUCUAGGGAUAGAAUUUUUAUGACAACCAUAAUUUUCAUAUUAAUUUUAAAUAUAGCUGGAAACUGUUAUGAUAUAUAUGUCAAGAAAACGGGACGAAAUUUAAAUGGGCUAGGUCACGUAAUAUUGUCUAGUUUCUCGUUAAAACAAAAUUGGAAAACUUUAACAUCAUACGAAUCCGAAAAUCCAAAAAUAGCAAGACUGAAUGGUUUGCAUGGAUUAAGGUCUAUUAUCACCCAAUUAACUUUAUUAGCGCACAGUUUAUUUACAAUAACGACUUUUAUAGAUAAUCCCCAUGAAGUCGAAAUGAGCUACGAAAAACCUUUCUAUUGUAUAAUAUACAACGGUUUGGUAAUGAUGCAAAUAGUUUUUACAAUAUCCGGAUUCUUGUUGACUUACAAUUUGCAAAUCCGUAGUGAAAAGUACGAGAUUAAUUGGAUUUAUUUCCCUAAAAUACUUAUAAUGAGGCUAUGUAGGAUAGUUCCAGCGUAUGCAACUGUCCUAUUUUUCACGUCUACCUGGUUCAAACAUCUCGGAUCUGGGCCGCUGUGGAAACUGUAUGGGAGAGGAAUUGCGGAUGACUGUCGCAAUCGCUGGUGGCACCAUUUAUUAUUUAUUAAUAAUUAUACAAACAUGAAAAACAGUAGUUGCCUCGUUCAGACAUGGCACGUGGCAGCGGAGAUGCAAUUAUUCACCUUAGGGUUGGCAGUGCAUAUAGCCACGAGGCAUUGCGGUAGAAGAAUAUUGUUGGCAUUACUGCUGCUAGUGGGUGCCGCGUCGCCAGCACUACACGUCUUACUACAUGAUUUGGAUCCACUUGUACUUGCAAACCCUGAAUUAUUCAGGGAAAAUCAAAACGAUACCUUCUUUAAGAUGCAUAUUCUUAGUCAUAACAAUUUAGCUGGGCACGUUGCUGGGAUGAUAACAGGUUACUUGAUAUAUCAUAUGCAACAAAAUGGUAAACCUGUUCGAAACAGUAAGCUUUUUUCCUUACUCAUUUGGUGGAUAUUGCCUGCUUCAGUUUAUGUAUUCUUGUUGGGAAAUAUAUUUUAUAUUGAAGGAUAUGAAGUAUCUUUUGCAUUCAAACUGCUGUAUGCAGGCACACAGAGAGUUUUCGCAGGCACUAUUGGCGCGAUCAUAAUUAUUGGGCUCGUAUUCAAGUUAAAUGUACACAUGAACAUUGCUUUUGUUAUUCUUGGAACCAAAACGCAACUAGUACAUACAUCCAUCUUUGUUGCGUUUAUGAAUUAUGUUGUUAUGGCAACAAUGUCAUUUAUAAUACCUUUGCCGCUUUAUUUAACCGUCGAAGCGCCUGUUAACAAGAUGGUAAAGACAAUAAUCGACCAGCAAGAUGAUCAGUAUUCUAAGAUGAAAGAAAAUUGA